AUGGCAGGUGUUGUUGCUCUUGACAUCGGUAACAGAGAAGAAUCCAAGACUUUGAUGGAAAAACUGAGUGAUCAUUACCACAACAGAAAAGUCGAGAAACGUCACAAAGAUGCCGCCAAGAGGUUCAUGAGAGGUUUGAUGAGCGUCCAGGCUCCCACUCAGCUUUUUAUGUUUCAUUUCUACAUCAUUCCGUACCUGUUUGAAGACUACGAUGAAUGGACACAAUAUUACCUGAAGGUUUUUGUUACUUACCUUGCUAUACAAGGCGUGGCCAAUUGGCUAUGUACCAUUUUGUACGAUACCACAAUUCCCAAUGACAAGGAUCGACCCGACUUACCUGGACUGAACAAUCGCUGGCAAAAUCCACCUGAUUAUUUCAUGUCCAUACACACAACUAACCAGAAUGGGUCUGCUCUUCCAAUGCAUCACCAGAAUUUUGAUGUUUCUGGGUUUGAGUGGAAAUAUUGUGAAAUUUGUAAAAUGUACCAGCCCCCACGUACCCAUCAUUGUGACACAUGUGAAGCAUGUAUUUUGAAGCGGGAUCACCACUGCUUUAUGGUGGGAAAUUGUAUCGGUUUUAAGAACCAGAGAUACUUUGUGGUGUUGACAUUUUAUGCUGUUCUUGUUGGAUUUGUGGGUGGUUAUUUCCAGUACAAAUAUCUACAACAGUUUUAUUAUCCACAAAGUUACUCAUGGACAGACUUCCUUCCUCCUGUAGCGUUCUAUCGCUGGCUUUUCGGGACGGUAGACGGGAUGUCCCUUCACAUCUGUAUCAUGAUCAUUCAGGUCUACCUUGAGUUUCUGUUCGGUUUCUUUGGCUUCACGUACUUCACUACACAAAUCUCUAUGAUUGUCCAAGGAAAAACACUGUACGAACUUGCUAAAUCUAUUCCCAUUCGAAGCUUAAAUAGCGUAAAUCAUAACUUCCGAUCUGUAUUUGGUGAUUUUUGGAUUCUAAAUUUCUUUUUCCCGAUGCAGUUGAUCUUUCGUCAGAGAGAAGAUGGCAGGUCAUGGGAAGGCAUCAAAUUAGAUCAUAAUGCAAAUCUCCAGGAAAAAUCCAACUGA